UAAAGUUAAUCGAUUGCGUUCCUUCGAGUUAUUGAGUAACUUCAUCAGAUAGUGGUUUUAAAAAAAUCUCGGCGUUGCACAUCAAGAACUUUCGCAGAAGACAAGCUGUCGGUAACCUUUUCUUGGUUUUGAUAGAGGGAAUCCGGUUUACGUCGCGAUUGAGUGACGCUGCAAAUCUUUUGAUCAGCUCACGCUUGUUUAAUACAGGAAACUUCCAUGGCUUCUGGUGCGCCAACAUUUAAAUCCACGAAGGAGACAACGAACUACGCUCGUUUGUGUCGGCUGAUGGUUGAUGUUGGUACCCAGGCUCUCCGAGACACUUUUGAUGCCUUUCAUCCUUCAGCAAAUCUCCUCGCAGUUUUUGUGGGAAAUAAAGCAACGUUACAGGUACUGAAAAAAAGAAAUGUCAUAAACGCGACGCAAUGGGGAGAGCUCUUUCCUACCAUCUCUUCAUCGGUGUCAUCGGCUAAUUUCGACAUUACACUUUUAAUGGUUCUUCUGCGAAAUUUGUGUGGUUUACCUUCUCCUGCAACGGGCUGGGAUAAACUUCCUGCUGUCACAGACGUGAGUCGUGAAGCUGACAUCGCUCGUAUCAAAUAUUACAGAAAUACCGUGUAUGGUCACGCCGGGCGUGCGUCAGUUGAUGAUGCGACUUUCAAUGCAAACUGGGGCGACAUCCGGGACACUCUGGUGAGAUUGGGAGGUGUCAAGUACAGAGCAGAUAUUGACAAGCUGGAAACUGAAGUCAUGGACCCUGAUCUGGAUGAUCACUACAGAGGACUCCUCCAACAGUGGAAGAAAGAUGAAGACAACGUAAAAGAUCAGCUGAAUGAAGUAAAAAAAAAGCUAGAUGAUUUGAAAAGCACUGUCAAAGACUUAAAGGCCGACGAAUUGUUAAACACAGUGCGUCACACGCCAAUGAGUGUUGGCUUACGUGACAUGAGUGCGGAAAUAAAUGGGGAACCGCUGACUGGUAGUCUCAGGAAAGUUCAGGUGACUGGUCAUCCGAAAGCUCUUCAUUCUUUUAGAUCACCCGGAAAGGGACAGGGAGAGUUUGACGUACCAUGCAGCAUUGCAGUGAGUGAAAGAACAGGGAACAUUGCCAUAGCAGGUUUUUCAAAUAGAUGAGUUCAGCUGUUUAAGUCCGAGUGGAAAUAUCUAAGAACUAUAGGAGACAAGGAGCCUAGUGCUGGAGGUAUAGGACAUCCAACAUCAGUAGCAUUCACGACAUCCGGUAACGUCAUAGCUAUACAUGGAAGUCUAUGCCAACCACAGAAAAUGUCCUUGUUUACUGAAAAUGGUCAGUUUAUUAAACACAUCAGUCAGCACCUGAUUGAUCCACAGAGCGUGUCUAUUCGAAGUGAUGGUCAUAUGAUCGUGUGUGACGCUAGCGACAAGUCAGUCAAGGUCCUCUCCCCUGACGGUACAAAAUUAGUUCAGUCCUUUAAUGCACCAGACUGAGAUAAGUGUCCAGGAUAUGCUCUUUAUCACGAGGACAAGUUCUUUGUGUCCUAUUACUUGGCUCACGAUGUGAAAGUGUUCAACAAACGAGGAGAGCUUCAGUAUAGUAUUGGCAUGGAGGGAUCGCGUGACGAACAGCUAGACGGUCAUUUAGCACUCGCCAUUGACAGGUCUAAUAACCUGAUCGUGUGUGACUCAGAGGACAACAGACUUCAAGUGUUUUCUUUAGAUGGAAAGUUUAUUAACUCGUUCAAUGCUGGAACGGACAGUGCAUGGUCUGUAACUGUUACGAAGGACAACAAGUUGCUGGUUUCUGGUAUUGGUAAAAAUGUUAUCAAUAUUUUUCAAUAAAAUAUAAACAUUACUCAGCACUUAAUUGUUCAGUCGCAUCAUUGAAUAAAAUCUAGCAUUCGGAUUGGUUAACGAAGAGAGGUAUUUAGUGUGGAAUUUCGAGUUGAAAACGAGGCUACAUGAUAUUGUUUAACACCUAGUAUACAUGACAACUAGAAGUAAUGCUGCUUUCUUUUUUUUUUUUAAUUCAAUUAUACGAUUCAAGGAAAAUCCGCUACCCAACUUGUGAAUUCCGCGUUAAAUUGCGGUUUUCUUUCGCAAUUUAAUGGGAAAUUCCCUCGUCAAGUAUGAUUUUCCUAUAGAAUCUGAUCAUAGAUGUACCCUCAAACUGUGAGCAGUGAUUUAGAUACUACGUUGUUGCAUACUACAGCAUUUUUUAAUCUGGUAUUCCCUCGUCUAUUGAUGUGAUUAAAUAGAAACAAUGUCAAGAUAUUUCAUUACACGGUCUGCUGGCUUGCUUGUGUUUUCAGAAUUUGUGAACUCGUUUAAUGAGGGAACAGAUUUUCCCCGCUUUGCCGUUACCAAAGAGAGCAAGUCGCUGGUUUCCGAUCUCUGUAAACACGUUAUUCGUGUUUUUCAGCUAGUGAAAAGUGAAUAUCGAUCAUUUAGGAGUAAAGAUAUUACGACGUGGUCUUUUAUGUACUCUGAUCUGAGUUGUUUAUCAUGAAUUUUGGACGGCUGGAAGAUAAUAGAAAAUGUUUAUAUCCUGACUGACAGCUGUUAGGUUCUUUUUUACAUUCGAUUUAGAAUCGCAAUUUCCUAAUAGGAAAAUGAUUUCAAUCAACUUUCUAAUCGACAUAGACAAAGGAGCAAGCUUAAUAAAAAAAAACAUUUUAAUCUACCAGA